AUGACACGAUUUCUGAUCCUCACAAGCUUCGUAAACUGUGUCUAUGCUAAGCUGAUUUUCGUCGUCGGCAUAUACGCACACGGUGAUACCGCUCCAGUAUAUAUCCCUUACCCAAAUGACGUGAAUGAUGAGAUAAGUUGGCCCAGAGGACUUGGAGCGCUUACAAAUAAAGGAAUAGAAAGGAUGUACAAACUUGGUGUAUGGCUUAGAAAAAGAUAUAUAGAAGAUACCAUCUUUCUUCACCCGAGCAAGUUGCAAAGCCAAGUCACCAUGCAAAGUGCAAAUUCGCCUAAUACUGUCGAAAGUGCCCAAGCUGUUGCUGCAGGGCUUGCUCCAGCAGAAGGACAAGAAGUGUGGACGAAGGGUGAACUGAGGUCAUGGCAGCCUUUCUACAUCGAAACACUUGCGGAUGCUGCGCAUGAUAUUAUUCUUCGGCCAGCAAUGUUCCCUUGCCCGUCAAUCGACGGUGAAAUUGUGGACGAGUGGAAAAUUAUCAAACAUAAUUUCGAAGGAAAGCAUCGAGUGCUGCUCGAGAAAUUUGCGACUCUCACAGGUUUAUCGCCAUUUAGUUUCUUCAUGUUCGGAAGGCUCUACGGAAUUCAAAAGGAGAUUGAACAUGGACUUCCUCAACCUGAUUGGGUCAACGAAAUAUACGAGGGCAAAAAACUAAUAGAUUGGAUUCGAGAGGCCAAGACGUUAUCGAGAUUACACCCCUUCAACACGAAGGAAAAAGGACGAGCACGUGGUGGCGCUCUGCUGAACAAAAUUGUCGAGUAUCUCCGAAAUGCAACUUACGAUAUUGGCGGUGCUAAGAAAGCCGUAUUUGCAUCCACGUUCGAUGGAACAAUAGCCCCGUUGAUGUAUGCAAUGGGUAUCGGCAACAAUCAGCUGGUCAAAAGUGGAUCGUUGCUUCUGAUGGAGCUUCAUGAAAAGAACGAAGAUUUUGUAGUGCGAAUAUGGUGGAGGAAUGACACUGAACAUGUACAGCAGCUGGUGCUUCCAUCAUGCGAUCUCGACUGUCCCUUAGACGACUUCGCAGAUAAUCUGCGCUCGAUGAGGCUCACUGAGUACGAUGCGAAACAGAUAUGCGGCUGUGCUACGUCAUAUGUGUCGCGGUUGAGCAUGAUCACCUUAUUUUUACUGAUCUUAUUUACUGUGUAAUGAUUUUUACGUUGUGUCUUGUUAAAAUUGGCUGUCAUUAGAAUAUAUUAGGUCGUUCCGAAAGUAAUGUCGCUUUUUCCGAAUAAACGCCACUAUUCGUGG